UAAGAGGUUACAAAUGUUUUUUAUAUACUGGUAAAGUGAAUAAUAAUAAUGAAAACUCCUUGGCUCAUUUUAAAGUAUGGCGCGUUUUCGACAAUUAAAUACAAUUACGCAAAAGCGGUAAUGCCGAAAACUUUUCGGCACCAAUAUGUCUCAAAGGUUCUCUGUGGUUUGACUCGUUGUGCUGUCAUUAUUUGACAAUAAUCAGAUUUGAGUGUCAGAAGUCAUUCCUGAAUACACAAUCUUUAUUAGGUUCCAAUGUUAUUGCUAUAAAAAUAUAUUUAUUGACACUUCAAUAUUAUAAGGAUACUACUGUAAUAGGAUAAUAUUAAAUAAUUCGAAAUUAUAAUGGAUAUUAGUGAAAAAACCCAUGUCAAAUAUUCACUAUCAUGGAGUGACCACUUGCAAGCUAUUUCUAAUGGAUUAUGUUCUCUACAGCAGAAUGAAGAAUUAGUAGAUAUGACUUUAGCUGCUGAUGGGCAUUAUGUUAAAGUACAUAGAGUUAUCAUGGCAAUGGCGAGUCCAUACAUGAAAGAUCUGAUUUGCUCCAUCAAGUGUAAUCAUCCUGUAAUAUUUUUAAAUAAUCUAAGCUAUAAUACCUUAACAUAUAUUUUAGAGUAUAUAUAUACAGGAAAAGUAGACAUACCAUCAGAAUUUAUGGAUGAAUUUUUGAUAGCUGGUAGAUCUUUACAUAUCAAAGGGUUGAAAGACGUUAAUGUGAAAGAUGAAGACAUUAUUAUUCCCGUAAAAGAUACAGAUAUGGACCAAGUAAAAAUGAGUAAGUGUUACACAGAAGCUGCAACAAAAAAUGAAAGAGAAGUAUUGGAUCUAGAACUUAUAAAAGAAAAUAUGAAGGAAUCAUUGACAAAAUCUAUAGGAAGUUUAGAAGUUGAAACCAUUGAGGAAGAUGGAGAAAUAAUUGUUGAUACUGAGAAUCCUGAUUGUGAUAUCUCUACGCACUAUACGUUGUCUAACCGAGGAUCCCUACAGAUGAUAUUGAACAAAUUUAUGUAUUAUCUAAAACACACGAACAAGGAUAAUUCUCGACAGUGGCGGUGUGUUGAUUAUUUAACUAAAAAUAAAUGUCCGGCACUUAUUUUCACCGAAGGGGACCUGGUAAUUCAGAGAAUAUCGGCCCAUAAUCACAAAGCACAUGAAAAUAAGAUUACAAAAAGGUUUUGCAGUGGAAAAGUAUAUACGACAAUUCGUGAAGCAGAAGAAAAUACACCAACUAAAAAUACCAAAGAUUGUAGUGAAAAUUAUAUGGAUCAUGAAUAAAAUAUAUUUAAUUAU